AAAAAAAAAACGACUGAUCCGGACGCCGGUGUAGAAGAUGGCAGAAGAGAUGUGUUCGGGGGAUUGGAGGCGGAUUGGAGGUCAGAAUUUGUUUCAAGGAUAAUCACACAGAAAAGUCGCAUCCUGUGUGUUUUUUCGCCAAGUUCCUUUAUUCCGGAUUAAAGCCAAGCGGAGUGUGUUGUGGAUUUCACCCUCAGCCUGGCGGCCCAGAGCGCCGCACAGACCCGGACAUGACCGCAGGCUUUCAGCUGUGACACAUUUCAUCACUUAUGGCCUAUUUUUGUAGGAACAUCGAUUAAAUCUCUCGCUAUGAUUUCGCCAAUUUGACUGAAUCAACUGACUUUGGGUUAGCAAGUGCGGCUACACGUUAGCUAGCUGUGUGUGUGUGUGUGAGUGCGCGCGCGCGCGCACCAACCUGCUUAACUGACUGGAUGUGAUUGAAUGGAGAUUUUUUUGGAUCCUGUUCUUUUUUGGAUCCUGUUUAAUUUCUGUAAACAGCCGUAAAGACUAAAGUAUUCAUCAUUAAACUUUAUUGUUUAUAAGAAGGCGUUAGUCUAAAUAACCUUAUCGCUGUUUUCAUCGGCAAAACCGAUCAAAUGGACACCAAAAUAUUAAACUAUGUGAUAAAUUAUAUAUUUAAUGACAGCAGUUAUAGACAGAUUAUAUAAGUAACCUUAAUUCCAGUACGGUCUAUUUUUCUGAAUUGACUCAAAUUCGUCUAAUUGUUGGAUUAUUACCGUGUUAUAAUUCACGUGUUCGCCAAAAUCCACCCCUCAGUCGUUACUACCCUUUUAAAUGAUUUUUACUUUAAACACUAAAGACUUACGGUGUGUUUACGUGUUUAUUAACUGUUAUUUCUGAGGUAAAUCUGAGGUCAAGCCGAACUUGUUGAACUUAAAGCUUAGACUCGAAGGUAAAGUCAGUGAAAUCUGUGUAAAAAUGUGAUCUCGUUAAGAUUUAAAGUGUUUUAUGCCAAACUGGUGGCUAUUUUUAAAAGAAAUAAGUAAAAUGAUCGGUUUAUUCGAGUAGAAAACCGUCCUUUCUUCACAACAUGCUAAUGAUGCUAAUGAGCGUUUAUGCAAAUGACCGUUAGGGCUCGAGCCUGUGAGGCGUCAGAGGUUAGCCGCUAGCUAGCUAGCAGUGUUAGCUCUCUGCUCUGAGGAGAUGUCGGAAGAUCGAUGUGCUUGUGAGGUUGGAUGUCAGAUUCUUCUCUGUAGGUGACAUUUUUUGUUAAUAACAAAUCAAACAUUCGACACAGUUGUGGCUGAGGUCUGUAAAACAGCUGGACUUUUUUAUUUUUAUUUUUUAACCCCAGCUCUCAGCAGGCACGCGCUCCACGUCCCUAUGCACGCGCUCCGUUCAGAAGCGUGUUUAAUCCAUACCUGGGGAUUCCGCAGUGUGUUGUAGUUGUAUGUUGUGUUUGUGCGUGGUGGUGUUUUUUUUUUUUGCAAUGGCUUAUCUAAAUGGACCCAGAUUACUGGACUGGGCGAACUCUCCUCCUCACCUCCAGUUCAAUAGAUACGUGUUGACCGGCUACAGACCGAUCUCCUCCGUGCAGGACUGCAUCAGGAGUCUGUUUUACCUGCACAAUGAGCUGGGAAACAUCUACACACACGGCAUCCCCUUGCUGUGUUUCUUGGUGCUGCUCCCCCUCAACAUGCCCUGGUCUCAGAUCAGUGUGACGUGGCUGGGUGUGGUCCACUUUCUGGCCUGUUUGUCUCCUCAGCUCGGCUCCGUCCUCUAUCACCUGUUCAUGAACCACGAGGGAGGAGAACCCGUCUACAAAAAACUGCUGACUCUAGACAUGUGCGGCAUAUGCAUGAUUAACACACUGGGCGCUCUGCCCAUUGUGUACAGCACACUGCUGUGCUACCCGUUGCUGCGCGGCGCCGCGCUGCUGACGUACAUCGGUCUGUCCAGUUAUGCCAUCUACUGUGCAGUGACAGCUCGGAGCAGCGUGCGCCGCUUGCGCUCGUUCGGCGGACAGGCGCUCUUUCGCUUCUUCUUCUUGGGGCUGCGGUGGUUGGGUGUGGGUGGGGGAAGCUCCAAGUCGCUACGCUACUUCCUCACCAUGGAGGCGCUGGCGGUGUCGGGCGGAAUCAUCAACAUAGCCCGAGUUCCCGAACGCUUCUGCCCCGGUCUCUUUGACUACUGGUGCAACAGCCACCAGAUCAUGCACGUGCUGGUUGUCGGCUCCAUCCUAUCGCUGCACUGGGGCGUCCUGGACGACCUGCUGUGGAUCAACACUUACGACUGUCCAGCAUACUGAUCACUGAUCUCUGACCUCGGGGGUGGGAUUUUUCAAGGAAUCAUUCUACUGGACUUGAGAUUUUUUUGUUUUGAUUUUGUUUUAUUUAUAGAAUUUGACAUGCAUCAGGUUUUCUUUAGACUCAGGGAGAGGUCACAUGCUCUGACCUUUGACCUCUUGACUCUAGUUUUUAUCCAGGGGGUUUGUGAUUCAUAGGAUUCAUUUGCAAACAGAUUCCUGUGUAGAGCUCUGACCUUUGACCUCGGGGUGCAGAUUAUUGUUCAUCCUCGCAGUUUGACAUGCAUUAAGCACUGAUAAGGGAU